GCGACGCGUCGGGGGCUGUCACUACGGUGGACAUGUGAAUGUUAUUCCGGACCCGAAACUGACUUAAAGGUGGAAACAGAAAUACAAUUAAAACAUGUCUUUGGCUCUUUCGCGGUCUCUGUGCGGGGCUUUAUCACGGCAGGCCCGGUCAGCGAGCUCUCUGCUGGGAGAACACCAUGCUGUACAGAGUCCUUGGUUUGCAUCAGUGAUGACCCUGAAGACGUCGGCUCCACUGAGAGCUGAGCCAAAAAAGAAGAAGAAAGUGGACCCAAGAAGGGAGCAGAUGAUGAAAGAGCGUCUGAAAAAGAAGCUGAAGAAACUGGAGAAGGUUCCACCUGAGCUUAUCCCUAUAGAGGACUUCAUCACUCCAACCAAAUGCUUGGAUGAAACCAGGGAACGCACCGCUCCAAGGCUGUCAUUUGAAGAAAGUGAGGGUCGAGCCCUGCUGCUCAAGGAGUGGAGUCGAUACAAACAGAAGCAGCACAUGGCUGAAAUGGAGGCGAUUGAACUGGCUUUGGAAGCACAGAGGGAGGCGCUGGAGGAGCUCAAACUGGAGUCUGAGGAGCUGUACCGGGCAGCACUGAAGCCAGACCUGCUUCUUAUUCCCUUUGUUUGUGAAGGUCCCGUCUAUACACCAGCAAUAUCCAAUUAUGAUGCUCCUGAUGGGAAAUACAAAGACAUCACUAAAGUCUACACACAGUGACUGAUGAGGAGUGGCUGUGUGUAGCUUGGUAUGUCUGAACAUUAUUCACCAAGCAAAAAUGCAGCUUUUCAGGACACUGUGUGUUUUUAUUUCAUGAGUGUUACAGUGAGUUUGUCACAUUAACAUUUCUGUCUAUAAUAAUGAAAAAUCAAAAAA